AUGACUGUACAUGAAGACCUGAUCGGACUCUUCAACACAACAGUAAUCCAGGCCCUGGGUCAAAGCUCAGCAGGAAUCAACGCUCACUGUGCAAGUAGCAUUGAGGUAAUGUAUACCUCACAAAAGACAAAGAAGAAGGAGCCCGAUGCAUCCUGGAAAUUGGUCGAAGGAAGGGGAACCGUCACAGUCUUGGAGAUGGUGUGGGGCCACGAAGGAAGGAGAGAAGUGGCACAAGAGUUGACGGCCUACCGAGGCAAGGACGUCAACGUCGUUGUGAUGAAGAUCCUGUGGAGGGGAAAGUGCGGGGAGGCUGCAGUGGCUACCCUGCAUCGCCAGGAAGGAGAAUUUGAGCGCUGGGCAGAAAACGCCAGUGUCUCGGCACUCCUGCAGCCAGCCCGCAGCAAGAAGUGGGAAGUGACCAGCUAUGGUCCUAUCUCCGACUGGCUGCCAUUGGACCCAACAGGUAAGGAGAUUGAGCAAAGUGAGGGCCAGGUAGUCGCAUUGCCGACCAAUUGGUUUGUCCGACCACAGGCUGGAGAUCCAGAAAAAUUUCCUCUCUUUCUGGAGAAUUUCGCAAUGAGGAUCGCAAGGUGUUUACAAUUCGGGCAGGGAGACCCGCGUGCAGAGGAGGAAGUCGCCCUCGAACAUCAAAGGCAGAACAUUGAGCGCUCGAGAAGGCAACUAGCUUUCCUCCAAGAUCAAGAGCAACUCGCAAGGCUGGGUUUGACGCCGUUGCCUGAAGGCACCAACAUAUGGCAGGUGCUGAUGUCUCGUGGCCGCAUCCAUCUCGCAGAAGCAGGGGAAGAGGUAGCGCAAGAAUGA